GCCUCGGCUGCAUGCGCAUCCCACCAACAGCAGGCACAGCAUGGCAUACAGUGCGAAGAUAGGUCCGUCCAUCCUGAGCAGCGACCUGUCCUGUUUGGGCAGCGAGUGCGUCCGGAUGAUGGAGUGCGGGGCAGACUAUCUGCACCUGGACGUCAUGGACGGGAACAGCUUAACUUUGCACCAUUGGGAGAUUACUCAACAAGCUGUUAUUGCUUACCUUUAAAGGCACUUUGUCCCCAACAUCACAUUCGGCCACCCCAUGGUGGAGUGUCUGAGGAAAACUGUAGGCCAGGAUCCUUUUUUCGACAUGCACAUGAUGGUGUCCCGGCCGGAGCAAUGGGUGAAGCCCAUGGCUGCAGCUGGAGCCAGCCAGUACACCUUCCAUGUGGAGGCCACCACCAACCCUGGAAACCUCAUCAAGGAGAUAAGGGAGAGCGGCAUGAAAGUGGGAUUGGCCAUAAAGCCUGGUACUACGGUGGAAGAGCUGGCACCUUGGGCCAAUCAGGUCGACAUGGCUCUGGUCAUGACAGUAGAACCUGGAUUUGGAGGACAGAAGUUCAUGGAAGACAUGAUGCCCAAGGUGAGCUGGCUGCGGAGUCAGUUUCCCUCCUUAGACAUUGAAGUAGACGGAGGCGUCGGCCCUGACACUAUUCACAAAUGUGCAGAGGCUGGAGCUAACAUGAUUGUGUCGGGUAGCGCUGUGAUAGGCAGCGACGACCCUCGCUCUGUCAUCGCGCUCCUGCGCACAGCGGUGGCCGAGGCAAUCCAGAAGCGCUCCCUAGACCGCUGAAGCAUCGUGUUCCUGGGAGUCCACCCGCAGGGACGGUCCACCCGCCCCUCAUAACACCAACAAGCCGCAGCAGCUGCAGGAAAUGACUCAACAUUGGACAUUUGUGGGGAGAAAUGGAGGUCGAGGGGUCACGGUCAAAGAAAGGGGCUUCUUUUUUUUUUUUUUUUUUUUUUUUUUUUUUUUUGCCAACACCCUUCACACAAUUGGUGUGAUGUGAUUGAAACUGUGUCGCACCUGUUUUAACUUCUCCUGCCAGAAGUCUGUCAACUCAAACUCAGCCCCAUCUCGGCGCAGGAACUGCUCCAGGACCGGAGCUAAAGUUCACGCCAAUAAACUCUGUAAGCAUUCCAGAGCUCCGUCUUAAACAAAAAUGGCCCAUGAAGCAGUUUUAUUAUGCCUUCACCUUAAGCGUCUGUUCCAACUGAAAUAAUGUUUUAAAGAUUCCCAUAAAGGACAAAGGUUCGUUUACUGUCCUGGUUGAAAUCACAAGGUACAGAAUGUACUACUGAAAAAUGCAUCCUACAAAACUGUAAUCCUGAAGAUUUGUUUUGCAGAUUAAAACUAUCAAAAGUUUA